AUGCCCGGAACAAUACCCCAUCCCCUCAUCCACAUCAAUGGCUUCCCCGGCGCUGGGAAGUUGACAGUUGCCCAACAUCUUGUCGCGCGUGUCGCCUACUCAGCAAAUAUAAAGCUAGUCCACAACCACCUUCUCAUCAAUCCCGCGGACGCUGUUCUUCACCGCACCCAACCAGGGUACCAAUCUCUUCGGCAUGCUCUUCGCGCCGCGAUCUUCACGUCCCUAGCGACUGAGCCUGCAACUUUCAAUACAACCUAUCUGUUCACUGACUUUCAAACAACAAAUGAACAAGGUGUCAGUGUUUGCGCAGAAUAUGCGCAGGCCGCGAAAGAUCGAGGCUGUCUACUGAUUCCGAUUGUUCUGAAUUGCGAUGAAGAUGAGAAUAUCAAGCGGAUGACGCAGUCGGAGCGUGAAAAACAUGCAAAGCUUAUGGAUGUGGAGCUUUUGAAGACGUUUCGCAGGGGAUCAGUUUUCGAGUUUAGCGAUAGGAAGGAGUUUCUGAAGAUCAAUGUGACUCAUCUGGAGCCAGAAGAGGUGGCGAGGAUUAUCUGGGAGCAUGUUUUACUGCUUUAUCCUAGUAUGAGUGGCGCCGAGUCUGGAUGUUGA